AUGAAGAAUAACUUAUUCUGCACCCUGAUGGGCCCGCGUCUGGUUUUCAACUCUGAACCGGUACGAAAAGAACCCAGCCACCCGCGAUCCCACCUUAUCCUGGCCCUGGCUCCUGACGGCGCCGCCCCGCCCCACCUCCUCCCCUGCACCCGGCGCCGCCUCGCCCCACCCCACCUCCUCCCCUGCUCCCGGCGCCGCCUCGUUCCACCUCCUCCCCGGCUCGCGGCGCCGCCCCGCCUCACCUCCGGUCCUACUCCCGGCGCCGCCCCAUCCCACCUCCUCCUCGACUCGCGGCGCCGCCCGGCCCCGAACCUCCAAGCUCCCCACAUCCGGGGGCCGCCUCGACCCUCUACCCCCUCCCUAGGUCCCGGCGCCGCCCGGCCCCCAUUCUCCCCGGGUCCCCUCGAUGCCUGGUCCCCAACCUCCCCGGCUCCCGGCGCCGCCAACCGCCCUGCUCCCCUGGCUCCGGUAGCUGCCCCCGCCUGUUCCCCUCCCGCGGGGAUGACAGCGCGAAUCCGGACUGCGUGGUGGGGCAGUGAGUCUCGUCGGAGUGGAGCUCCUCCGCCUCUAGCCAUCGGUAGUUCAUUGUUCAUGGUGAAGCCCAGGGUGCUCGUCGGCGAUCACAAGAAGCAGGCCGUCAAGGAGCUGGGUGACAUGGUGCAGCGGUGUGGCCAGUUCAACUACCUGAACUGUUUGACAGGUAUGACCAGUGACAGCGAGUAGGCGGCUAGUGUACUGCGGCGAGCAAGGAGACAGAGGCAUGGAGUAGAUGUGUGUGGCGAGCCGCUCAUGGCCGAUGCAGCGGCUGUCUCUACUGCCGGCUUCCAGUGCUACCCCGCCAGUUGCCGUUGCCCCACGUUGUGUGUUUUGGAGCCCCACGUUGGCCCAAGCUGCUAUGAUGUGUUGUCACCAUUUAUAAUCUGUUAAAUGACCGGUAUGUUCUUGUUGUCAGUUCAUGUGUGUCCUUGUUGUCAGGUCGUGUUCAUCUUUUAUAGUCAGUUCAUGUACAUGUGUGUUUGUAAUCACGGUGUGUUCUAAUAACUUCUUUCAGAAACCACUUUGUAGCUCUGUUCAGCUAUGGGUUCUCCGUUCCCAGAAAGCUAAACAUCAGUUCUUCUAAUUUGUAAAGAAAAUGUAGUUUUUCGGAUUAACAUAAGAACACGACUUCUUUGA